AUGGCCGAGAACUUGCGCUUCUGUGGUCCUGCCCUCAUUGCCAACGAGACUAUGCUUCACAACGUGAUCCAGAUGGUCACUGAUAUCAUCACCAAGCAGCAUAUCUGCCAGGUCGAGUUCGGCCCCGAGGAGGAGACUCUCGAGGCUGGUGAGGAAUCUUCCGAGUUCGACUGGAUUGUAGUCGACACUGCCUUGGACGUUGUCUCUGGCAUGGCCGCUGCCAUGGGCCCGAGCUUUGCCGAGCUCUGGAAGGUGUUCGAGAAGACCAUCCUCCGCUACGCUGGUAGCACUGAGGCUCUUGAGCGCGCCACUGCUGUUGGUGUCCUCGCUGAGUGCAUCAAUGGCAUGGGUGCUGCCGUGACCCCCUUCACCUCUGUCUUCUUGAAGCUGCUCCUUCACCGCCUCGCCGAUGAGGACUCCCAAACCAAGUCCAAUGCUGCUUACGCCAUUGGCCGCUUGAUUCAGCACUCCAAUGCUGAGGCUGAGAUCAUCAAGGAGAUCCCCACCAUCCUUGCCCGUCUUGAGGCCUGCCUUCAGAUGGACGUCUCGCGUCUCCAGGAUAAUGCUACCGGCUGUGUCAGCCGCAUGAUCUUGCGUUACCGCGAUAGUGUCCCCACCAAGGAUGUUCUUCCUGCCCUUGUGAACAUUCUUCCCCUGAAGAACGAUUACGAGGAGAACGAGCCCCUGUACCGCAUGAUCUGCCAAAUGUACAAGUGGGAGGAUGUCACCAUCCGUGAACUCACCCCCAGCCUCCUUCCUAUCUUCCAGUCGGUUCUCAGCGACGAGGAUCAACUGGAGGAUGAGCGUCGGGCCGAGCUUAUCGAGCUUGUCAAGUGGCUGAACCAGAUGCAGCCCGGUGUUGCUCCCUGGGUGGAGCAGUUGUAA